AUGUCACGAUCUCAAGCUCCGAACCCCGCGGGGUCCCGCAAAAUCUCGUUCAAUGUGAGCGAGCAAUACGAUAUUCAAGAUGUCGUCGGUGAGGGUGCUUAUGGUGUUGUCUGCUCGGCGAUACACAAGCCGUCAGGCCAGAAGGUGGCCAUCAAGAAGAUCACGCCCUUUGACCACUCCAUGUUCUGCCUGAGAACUCUGCGUGAGAUGAAGCUCCUCAGAUAUUUUAACCACGAGAACAUCAUUUCCAUACUCGACAUCCAGAAGCCUCGAAACUACGAGACAUUCCAGGAGGUCUAUCUGAUCCAGGAACUUAUGGAGACAGACAUGCACCGAGUAAUCCGAACCCAGGACCUUUCCGACGACCACUGCCAGUACUUCAUCUACCAGACCCUUCGCGCUCUGAAGGCCAUGCACUCGGCAAACGUGCUGCACCGAGAUCUCAAGCCUAGCAACCUCCUCUUGAACGCUAACUGCGAUCUGAAGGUGUGCGAUUUUGGUCUCGCACGUUCUGCUGCCUCCCAAGAGGACAACUCCGGUUUCAUGACCGAAUACGUCGCUACUCGUUGGUACCGUGCACCCGAGAUCAUGUUGACGUUCAAGGAGUACACCAAGGCUAUUGAUGUAUGGUCGGUGGGCUGCAUCCUGGCCGAGAUGCUCAGCGGGAAGCCUCUGUUCCCUGGCAAGGAUUACCACCACCAGCUGACAUUGAUCCUGGAUGUUCUCGGCACACCGACGAUGGAGGAUUACUAUGGCAUCAAGUCGCGCCGAGCUCGCGAGUACAUCCGUUCUCUGCCCUUCAAGAAGAAGGUCCCUCUGCGAACAUUGUUUCCCAAGACCUCGGACCUGGCCCUCGACCUUCUCGAGAAGCUGUUGGCAUUCAACCCUGUGAAGCGCAUCACGGUAGAAGAGGCUUUGAAGCAUCCCUACCUGGAGCCAUACCACGACCCUGAGGACGAGCCUACGGCACCUCCGAUCCCCGAGGAAUUCUUCGACUUUGACAAGCACAAGGACAACCUCAGCAAGGAGCAGCUGAAGCAGCUCAUUUACCAGGAGAUCAUGCGGUAG